UACAAUAAAGACCACGGUAGACUUUCUCUCAUUGGAAGCAAGAUGUCUACCGAGCACCAACUCCGUGUACAAUUCUUCUCGAUUUUCUUCAUAGUUGCUCUCAUUUACCAAGACACUGAAGGUAUGAACGACAGCUAAAUUGAUGUUUUUAUGUUAUUGAAGAACUGUUUUAUACAAACAUGCUCGUAAAAUUUUGAUUUAGUGAUGAAGAAGUGAAAGAUACAAGAAGGCUUUGAUUUCACGAAGGAUGAAGCAUUGUUCACAAGUAGUUACUUCUUAAUUAACACAGUACCUUUAUGGGUAAAAAAUGUCGAAUAGUUGCACAAUGGUACUUAAUAGUUUUUCUUGUGUGUACUACAGGAGUCAGCUUCAAAGCAGGAAAAUUCAAUGUGACCACAACUUUGAGUCUGUUUGCCUGUAAGAAUGUUUCUUUUGAGGAGCCUUUUAUCGGUGGACAAGAAAUUAAAAUCUUCAUUUCUAAAAGCCAUGCAACGAAAAGUUCUACUGGUGGAAAUGGCGCAGCAAUUUGGGUGGAAUCAGUGAAUAACAAGGCAUUUACUGUCUGUAUUUUGGAGUACGGAGAUGGCUUAAGUGGCACUUCGCAAGUGAACUGGAUGGCUCUGCAAUCUGUACCUACUGGCUUUCAACUAGGCACAGCUUCUUUAAACUCUUGGACUACGGGGACAAAGUGUAAAAGGGUCGCUUUUGAAAAGGUUUGAUUUGUUCAGUUCAUCGUUCUUUUAAUUUCGUUUCGUUUGCCUCCUAUGAAAACAAAAAUACUUUUAGCCUUUUUUGCUCUUCACACUCAUUAUUUCACAUGUCUGCUCAUAAAAAGUGCUAGAGUCAUGAGUUUCACCAUUUUUGACAACGUUGUUGUUGCUGCUAUUUCAGCCCGGAAGAUGUUACAUGUUUUCUUAGUAUUACCCUGUUAUCAAUCAUCUUACAGUUUUCUGUGUUUGUCAUAUUUUUUUGAGGAGAUGAAAAGUUUGAUUGAUUGACUGGGAUAGCCUAACAAAAUAAUGUUAAUAUUAUUGGGUAUGGCACCACUGGGAAACCGUGACGUCAUUAAUUUGGCUGCCAUAUUGCAUGCCAUCUUUUUUUGCUAAAAGUUGUCUUAAUGGCAUAAAAAGCGAGAAUUAAGUUUGAAGUAUGAUAUAAAUAAAAAUAUGGUUAUAUAUGUACUUUUCUUACAAAGAAAGUAACGUGCAUUUUUCCUAGAAGUCGCUCAGCCUUAUACUAUUUAUGACGUCUUAUCUUCCUAGCAUAGGAACCUUCCAUGACCAAAUGUUAGCGGAAUGUUGCUAAGGAAUAAAAUGAGCAGUUACUGGAAAGGAAAGGUUUAGGCUCAAAAUUUGUUUUUGAAAAUAUUGGCCAAAACCUGUCCGUCUCAACCACUUCAGUAGUUAAAUUUUAAGUUCUAAAUCUUCAGUCUCUUUCUUGUUCCUAAUUUUUUUUCACAGAAAAGAACAAAUUAUGAACAAGAAGGGGAUUAGAAUGAAGAAAACGAAAUAGAGCAGAAAAGAUGGGGCUUUAAAGGACCAGAAAGAGUAAACUGAAGCAGCUAAAGAAGAAAAUAUAUAACAAUUUAGAUCCAGAAAAUUAAACAACUUUAAAUCUGAGAAACAAGUGGGUCAAGUAAAUACAUUACCAACAUCGAAAUUCAUCGAUAAAGUAACAAACUAAUUAAAAGAUGGGAAAAAAAUCCACGGUUGAAGAAACCGAAAAAAACAAAAACAAAAACAAAAACAAAAAAACAGGGAACAAUAGUUUAUGUCAGGUAAAUUCAUUUACAAAGGAUGCAGGGAGCAAAGAAGGAAGCAAUAUAAUUUUUCAAAAAAGGUGGACAACACUGAAGCCAAUAAGGACGAUUAAAUUUUACUUAGAAACUUUGAAAAUCAAGGAAAUGUCAAAAAAUCAAAAGUAGUAAAUACCAAAUAUUGUUUCAGAAGAAAUAUAGAGGAUUAUAUUGCUGAUAAAGGUAAAAAAUCUGGCACGGAGUACCUCGCUCAUUUUUGAUAGAAAACUCUUUUUAUUUAUUCAAUUAGAUCUCACAUUCUAUUUUCAUUUAAACUUUUUAUCGAUAUUAGAUAAUUGUGAUUUUAUAAAUUAGCACUCUGAUCAAAUCGCUCUUGUCUUUAUUUGUUUUUUCUUCUUUUCUCGUUUUUGUAUUUGACCCUUUCUCUACUACAAAGCCAAAGAAAUAUACUUACAAAAACAUUCAAAUUUCCGUAUGCAAAAUCCUAAUAAAUAAAUUGUACUUUUGCAAAGGUCGAAUGACAAAGAAGAUCCAUAUAUGUCAAUGGUAACACUUAUAAUAGGUUUUCGCCCACAGAUUAUGUUAGAGAAUAAAAUUAUCUCCUCGUAGUGUGGUCUACGAGUGAGGUGCAACCUCGCUCCCGGGGCGAGGUUGAGUGAGGUGAUCACUGAUUUUCGUAAAUAGUUAAUUUAUUUGACGCUCCACUGUAUUAUCCCUGGAUCAGCAACAGAGCUGCUUUCUCGGGCGGACAUAUUACCUUCAACACUCCCCUGAAUGAUUUCUGUUUGCUGAAAAUACAUAAUUGAUGGAUGAUAUUAUUUCUCUACUUUUUCUCUUCUUCAGCUUUUCUUGGCCCUUCCAAAUAUCAUCGUUACAGCUCGUCACCAGGUUCUUAAAAGACCUCAAGACGCUUUGGCCGUGUGGGUGGAAGACUUGCGCAAGGACAGCUUUAAACUUUGUGCCAGAGAAACUAAGAUUUUUGAUGGAAUUCAUAAAAACAUUAAAGUAGUGAGUAAUAUUCCAGUUACUUGAUUUCUUCAACUACUUCUUGUUUUGUUAUUAGUGGUGUCUUUAAACGUGAUAGAACAAAUUUUAUAUUCUGUGAUCUUCGUAAUUUUAGAAACAACGAGUUAGAUUCAGAUUAAAAAGGGUUGCACCAGUUGCUCUAAACUGAUAUUUAACCAUAUGAAAUUUGGGGUUUUAUCUGUAACGAGUCGUGAAUACAUUCCAGAGACCUAUGUUUCCUUGUACUGCUACUCCUUUUCUUAUGAAAGCCAAUGUCUUAAUUUCUGAGUACUAAUUUUGAUUUUAGUAUCAUUUAAGCGCACUUUUAACUUUCAUAUGUGUCAGGACGCACGUGGCAUUUACAGCAUCAUUGUACAACUUCAUAUCUUUACUUCUUUCCUGCAGGAUUGGAUGGCUUUUAUCAAAUUGAAGACUGACAAUUUCUCCUUGACUAACAGUCUCGUGUUUACAAACAACAAGUCACCAUCAAACAAAAAAGACAACAACGCUGUCUGUCAGGUAUAUUGUCAUGUUUAAUGGUGUUCAACUUUGACCACUCUUGUUUUCCCCUUUCCUCUGCUUGUAUGUGUCAUUCAAAUUAUGGAUUUACUAAUAUCAGGGGCAACCACCUAUGUUUUUGUCCUAAAUACCUUGAAAACUCUUUUUAGCCUCUACAGAGCACUUUUAGAUCUCUAAAAAUGCAUGCUAAGUGGCCCUAUAAAAUUUGUAUCUGUUCGUGCAUCCUAGGGGAACUUGAGUCUUUUCGAAAUUCCAAGGGCUACAGGGUUAUUAUCCCGAAAAUGUUAUAUGCAAUUUAUUUGCGAAAGUGAAUAUUUUUCUGAUUCCUCUCUCCAUCACAUUUGUGAAUCCGAAAAGACAUGAAUAAUUGUAUCCUUUCAAAAGAAAGUCUCAUUUUCCACUUGUAUUUAGUUGGUAGGAGGACUGAAUCAGAAAAUGGAUGGUAACAUUUUAGAGUCUUACUUGGAAAGAAUCUAUCUAUUUCAAAUGAGAUUUAAUAUCAUUUGUUUUGUCCUGUUUUCAGAAAGUCAAGUUCCAGGAUGUCUUUUAUGCCCCUCCCGUUGUAUUGGUGUCUCCAAGACUUGGUUACAAUAACAACAAAUCACGUUUCUCAGGAUCCGAACAAUGCAAUGCAGUUACUGCCUGGGUUGAGGUUAGAAACAUAAAGUCUCCUUACUCUUCUUGUGGUUCUAAUGAAGGGAAUUUUUUUAAAAGUCAAUAACUUUUUCCUGAUUGAUCGUUGAUUGAUCGUUAUUCCUGAUUGAUCGUUGCCCUUUCACUCACGUUAAAAACCUAGAUUUUUCCAACAACGUAUAGUCUACAGGGGUUGAUAUUACUAAUUUUAGUUUCUAGUUUUCAUAUAAAUAUGGCGAAUAUCGUUCAAUAUAAAAAAUUUUCUGCAGACUUGUCAGAUGAAAACUGACCGUUUACUAGUUUUGUACUCGUUUGGUUCUUUAAAAUGGAGGACUUAGAAAUUUUAGUAUCAUAGGUUCUUAACAAUUGCUAUAUGCGAAUUGUUACUCUACUUGCACUAAUCCUAAUAUUUACUAUCAAUAAAUCGACAUCAAUAAAUCGACAAGUCAGUUGAAUUUGAAAACUUUGUUUUAUUACUUUUAGGUUUUACUAACAUAAAAUGAGAACCUUUACUCUAGUGCAACAAAAUGUUAUAUUAUGUGGAAUGUGAACUUAAAGUAUUUCUUUCGUUAUUUUGGAAUAUGCUUAGAAUACAUCUACAAACGAAACAGAAGUGUGUGUGAGAAGCUACAACAAUGACGCCAACGAUAAGGAUAUCAUAAAGGUCGAUUAUAUGGUAAUUGGAGGUACGUAAUAAAUUAUGUAACGUAAAAUGAGGGAACAGUAACGACUUUCAUCUGUAGACAAUCAAGGUGCUCUCCUAACAAUUAAUACAUAAUAGUGAUUAACUGUACAAUACAAAAAUGUAUAUGUUUCGAUCAAAUUUUAUCCUGAAUUAAAGUUCUUUAAUUUCCAUUGUUUCAAAUCAUUCAGAUUAUACAUUACAAGGCCCCAAAACCAAAGAAAGUGAGAUUAAAAGCUAAGUUAAAAUCAGGCCUCGUAGCUGGGGUUUGAGAAGGGGUGUUGGUACUGAUACGAAUAUUUCUUAACAGCGGGAAAUACUGCGAGCGCCAAAGGCGCGAGCCCCUAGGGGUUUCUUCAGGCAAUUGCUCCCCCAGAAAAUUUCGAAAUCUAGAAUACUGGAAAUACUAUUUUCAGGAUUCAGUAGUCUCAACAUGAAUAUUUCAAACGUGAUCAAGUCUAAGAUAACAGGUACUUUUGGUCAUGACAACAAUAUUUUCGUUUGACUUGGAGCAUUCACACAUAGUGAUACAUACCGGCUAAGUACACGAAACGUUUUACAAAUUCGACGUGUGCUGCAAGGUAUCUCGGAGCGAAAGCUUAAGGUCUCGGUAAAGGAAAACGAGGUGCCCACAGAAAAAAAUUCUAGUCGCGCGAGUAUUUUCGCUACAAAGGCAAGUUAUAUAUCAAAUUAAAGCUAAAAGACUAAGUUACCUUAUAAAAGAUUUUAUUUCAUCGAAUUUCAAAAGGCGCUUAAGUUUUUUGCUCUCGAACUCAGAGGUAUCGAGUUUACUGCUGAAGCUCCAGCCCUUUCGCGUUGUUAAAUAUUCACUUCCUUUUUAUUGCAUCUGAUUGACAGAUAAAAGACCUAAAAAAGAGUGUGAGGAAAUUUGCAUAUGUCUCGUAUUAGCGGAAUUAUUGCAUUUCAAACUAAAAAGUCGAAUCUCGAGCGCGAUUUACGCAAAGAAACUGACAUAGAAAAAGUUACUAAGGGAAAUCGGAAAAUUCCUCACACGCUUUUUGAGUCUAUAUCAUUAUCCAUCAUAUCUGAAAGUUUCAAAGCGAUAGCUUAUAACCUGUCCCGACUGGAGGUCGGAGAAUUUUGAUUUUUGCGUCUAAAAUAGAGUGACAGAAAAUCAGCUUUAAAGAUUUAGCGCGAGGUCCACGCUUGGCUGGUUAGCUCAGAAAAGGCUCAUUUUAGAAGGGUUAAAAAGCACUUUCUGAUUUUCUUUUUCUGCCAAAAUAAAAUUUAGGACCCAUUCAUGCCAAAAAUCCAAAAAAAAACAAAAUCGAGCAAUGUACUAAAAUUUUCAUUUACCGAGACCUUAAGCCCCCCAGUUCCCCGGCUCCGCUCUGUUUGUACUUGAUAUACAUGAUAGCCAGUGAGAAAAGCCUAGCCUCACCCAUGGCACAUCUCGUGUAAUUGUUUUAGCCUUCUCUUUGAGCUGAUUGAACGCUCGCAUUCGCACGAUGUCACGGGGAGAGUAGCCGCAAUCUUGAGAAGAAUGUACGAGUUAGAAAAAUCAUCAGGAUCACAUGCUUUCAAGGACGCAGCGCAUGAAUGAGCCGUAAUUAUCCUAGCUUGCACCUUCAUCUUCCAACGCUCAAAUUAAAUUACUAAGUCAGUUAGCUGCUGAGCAGUGAUUUGGCUUUCCUGAAUUACAGAUGGAACUAACCCGAGCAGCUUACUGACCCUCACUGGCUAUCAUGCAUAUCAAGUACCAUAUGCUUAUAGAUCUGGCCUCAGUUGUUCAAAAGCUAGAUAGCGCUAUCCAGCGGAUAAACCUCUGUCCAGUGGAUAGUGCAAUUGGUUUCUCUAAGAUGUAUCCACUGGGUAGUGAUUUAUCCGUUCGAUAGCGCUAUCCAGCUUUUGAACAACUGGGACCUGGACGAAGUUGUCAAUUUAUUUGAAGGCCCAAUAUAUCCUAGUGCCCUAGUAUUAUAUGUAGUAAAAAUUAUCCCGCCAUUGAGGUUAUUUCCUUAACAGGCGUUCCGUAUUUGACAAAUGGAGUCUCGAAAGACGAAAGGCAGGGAAUACGAUUUUCGGGGGACCUAGGUGAUACGUGUUUAAUACAAAUUGACGUUUGACGCUGCUUUCAGUACAAAAACAGCGGAGCCGGGGAACGGGGGCGCUUAAGCUUUUGCUCCGAGAUACCUUGCAGCACACGUCGAGUUUUGUAAAACAUUUUGUGUACUUAGCCGGUAUGUAUCACUAUGUAGGGAAAACAAACUUUGAGUGUUUUUAGUCCUCCAUCGAACCCCCUCCUACGCGCCUGAAAACUCAGCAAUAUACGACAUCAUAUGGAAGCGCUCAUGUGCUUUAGGCUGUGUUCACAUUAUACCGCGGGGUAUCUUUUCAUGGCGCCACGAGAAGCUAUCCUGUAUAUUGUGUGAACACCUACAUGUAUCCUCUCUUUGUCACAGAAAUCACGCCGCCACAACGGUUUUUUUGUGUGAACAGAAGUCCUAUCAGAUAUGGUUCUCGUGGCGGCGCACAAGCUAUCCGGUAUAGUGUGAACAUAGCCUUAACUUUUAUCCAGUUCCCUGAUAACUCAAAAUUCCAGGCUGUUUCAUCUAUUGACGAAUUCGAAAUGAAUGAAUCUGAAAUAUUUAAUGAUGCCAUCGAUUCCAACAAUUGAAUGUUUGUCUUUUAGAUUUGGAUCCUUGUAUAGAUGUAACAUGUCAUUAUCACAGUCUGUGUAAGGCUUUUGGACCUAAUGAUGCACGCUGUGUGUGUUUGGAAAGCUGUCCGACUUACAAAGAACCCGUAUGUUCAUCCAAUGGCACAACAUACGACAGCAAAUGUCUGUUUGAACAGGAAGUUUGUCUCAAUCGACUAAACUUUACCGUACAACAUCCUGGCAGCUGUGAAGGUCAGCAGUUUCGUUGCCUUUUUUUUAGUGGCCAACGUGCACCUUUUCACUGAAUCCUGUUAACCUUGUUGGACUGAUAGUGAAAUUUUCGUUUACUUCAUUUCCGUUUACUUUCCCAAUUCUUGGGCGCCAAUAGUUGCUUGCGCCAACAAGGGAUUUAAGUUUGUUACUAUAAGCCUAUAACUAAUCUUUACAACUCCUUUUUAGGAUUUCCUCUUCAGCGUGGUCGCCUUCACAUGGCCCAUAUUCCAUCUCUAGGUUAUUCUCACUGUCAAGUAAUUCGUUUCGAGCCUUUUGUGUUUUAUCCUGACAAAUCCAUUGAAGUGCAGAUAACUGUCAAUCAUAUGGAUACCAGUGACAAAUCGUAUGUCCAUGACGCGGCGGUAUCGUGGAUUGAAAAUGUCAAUAACGGCGGAUUUACUGCCUGUGUGAUGGCAGCCGGAUAUAACGAACGAACGUCGUAUGCUAACGUGACAGUUGAUUGGAUGGCGUAUCAAGGUGCUCCAAUGGGUGGCGUGACUGGUGAACUGCGCAUGUCACAGUGGUGGACAGGGACGACUUGUGCAACUGUCAAAUUCCCCACUGUAAGUUGCCCUGAUCUAUUUCUGAACGUUCUCUUUUUCAAAGCUUUUAUGGUUAUAUAUAUCAUUCACGACAGUUGAACGUUUGGAAGUCUUGUCAAAUUACAGUUCAGGGUGCUUUAUAGUUGUGAGAAAAUGCUAAACAUUACAAUAGUUAAUGAAAUGGAAUAAAAUAUAUAAAGUGAUCGUUCUUUCACUAUUUAACCACAUUUACUUAUCUAACUGUGUUCGAAGAAGUGAAACAUAACGUUCAAACUGCCGCUUUUAAUAACUUUGCUGAGUCUAUAAAGAUCACCAUUCUUUCUUUGAAUUGUUAAUAAAGUAGAUAAAUAAAAAAAAAAUAAAGAAAUAAAUAAGAACAGAUGAUAAUAAUAAUUUUAAAUAGAAGCAUUUUAUCAAAAUGACAAUUUUUCUGUGCUAUAUGCAGAGGAAAUGUUCAGUCAAACCUUCAGUCUUUGUGACGUCAAAGCAUUACAAUCCAGGACUAAAACGUGACGCUGCAAGUGUAUGGAUUGAAGAUGUAACAAAAUCAUCUUGUAAAGUUUGUAUGAGAGAACUGCAGAAUUAUGCUGGAUCGCACCGAGAUAUUUUUGUGGUAAGUAUAAUGUAUCCUUAAGUGAAUGUCAAACAUGGAUCAUGCAUUGGGCUGCCACGGGCUUUAUAAGUUACAGGUAAUUCUACGGAUACCCUUAAAAAGAACAGCCCGUAGUUAUCAUAGGUCGCGCAACUCCGCAAAUUCAUUUUAGGAUUAGUUAUUAAAAGGCGCCAUUCUUCACCUUCACACCUCAUACCCAUUGCUUUUUAUUAUUUAUCUAUGCAUGCCGGUCGAUUAACGAGAAAUAACAAGUUUUUGAUUUUACUUUCAGAAUUGGCUGGCCUUUUCGGAUCUUCCCAACCCUCCCUUUUCAGAACAUAACUCGAUCUACUUUGCAAAUGAUAAACCUCCCAACAGCAGACAUUAUAAUGCAUUUUGCAAGGUCAGUAUCAGCGUUUGAGUUUGAAUCCAAAUCUCAGUGAAAAAGCCGUUUUCUACCAUCUGAUGGUAGUUAUCAAAUUUUACUUUCAGACCAUUAAAGGGAAGCUGUUUAGACCUGUAAAAGUCUUAGCAAUGUACAUAAUACUGACAAUUCCAUAGGUCACACAUUCGCUACUUCUAUACCUCAGUCACCUCUAUGAUGAAGUCUGUCCAUUUGGUGUUUGUAUGCAUUGAAUAGUUUUAAGAAUUAAAUGUAAGUAUUCUGUGAAAGGAGAAUGAUAGAGCAAAAGCACAAAACCCAUUUGAAUGGCAAUUUCAGGUUAUGAAAGGUUUAGAGUUUAGUUGCAGCCUAUGUUUCAAAGGGCUUCUUGUGCCGAGCUGAGUGAAUUCAACUAACGUUGGCCUCAAAAUCUGUUUCGUCUUUCUGUAUUUGUUUCACAGAUUUGAGCUUCUCAGUUUGGAAGUGUACUUUACGUAAUGCCAGCCCAGUUUAUUGUAAACGUUGAUAUGGCACGCUUUUCCCAAAAUUUUAAACUCAAAGUUAAGAAUUAGUUAAUUCACGAUAAUCUCAAAAUCGUCAGGAAAACAAAAAGACCUCCUUUUUCAAAGGUGGAGCAAAGCCUAAUCAAAACAGAGGUUCUCAAAUUUCACUUUAUUUCCUUUUUACCCGUCUCUAGUCAAGGACACUUUAAGGUAGUAUCUAUGAACAGUAAAGUAAGAUUUAGUCAUCCAGACCUUACCAGAGGAUUCUAUCAAUACGAAAAAAGAACUGCUGGACUUGGAAGUAUUCUCUGUAGUUAUUUCUUAAUUAAUGAAUUAUCUGUCUCUAUAACUUGACUGUAUAACCUACAGAGUGAAAUAAAAAAAGAGGUGUGUGAAUUAGACGAUAUCUUGUUAACAAUUCCCCUUCAAGUUGAAAUAUUUUCUUUACCUUUUAUAGGAGGCAAUCUUUGCCAAAAGUUAUAACACAACGCCACACGUCUUCGUUUCUGCUUCUCACUCGACAAAAGGAGGGAAUCAAAGUCCAGUUCAUAACAGCAUAGCUGCCUGGGUAGAGGUUGGUAACUAGUGAUGUCAGGAUAUGAAAUUUCAUAUUAAAUUAAGAGUAGUAUAGUAGAGAACUAAUUAACCUUUUUGCGGACGAAUCUCGUUAUUCUGCUAAAGAAUACAUAAACACCGAUGAUGUAUCACCUUUUGUUUUUAUUACAUGAAUAGUAACCUGUGAAUAAUCGUAAUAAUAAUAAUAAUGCUUAUUUUAGUACUAAUGCUUAGUGCUUUUACAUACAGUAUAUUAGCAGUAAAGGCUUUCGGGUUUGUGUCAAAGAACUGUAUGAGGCAAAAUACGACCCACUCUUCAUAUCCCACAUAGUUUUGUCAGGUAAGAACUUUACUGUAAAAAGGAGAAGAUUUUUGGGGGUAUAUCUUUCAAUAUUGUCUCUUAUUUGUGACUCAAUGCCGUGAUUUAUAUUUACAGAUAUUUGCCCAAAUGGAUGGGAUUACUUCAAUGGAUACUGCUAUUUAACGAGCUCUGUAUGCGCACCUUGGGUGACUGCUGUGUCCAACUGUUCAGCUAUGAACUCACAUCUUGUAACAGUGCACAACCAAGAGGAAAAUGUCUACAUACAGCACCGUCACAAUGGCGAGCGAUCAUGGAUUGGCCUUAAUGACCGAAGCGUUGAGGGAUCGUUUGUGUGGACAAACAAAGAAAUAAUCAGUUUUCAGUUCUGGGCUCCGCAACAACCAAACAACUUGAAAAACGAAGACUGUGUCCACACCCUUGGUGCAGAGGAUGGCUACACUUGGAACGACGUGUCAUGUGAUAAAUGCUAUAACUAUACUUGUGUUCAAGGCAAGUUUUGAGUUGCCAUAGAAAAACUACAAAUCCAAACCUUUGUCACCUAUAACGAGGUUUGAAGAUCACUUCUGCAAUAGUGAGUUUUUAUGAUAAUUUUGUCGCCUUGUUGUUGAUCAGAAUUUUAUAAAGUCCGCAUGAAACUCUCUUCCAGGCAGUAGUCUAAAUAUUUAGGUAAAGGUAGGCCCUGUACUUAUCACUCUCAGUUAUUCCCCCCAAAAAAUUCCUCAUGUGAAUGAUAAUACCGCUACCAAGUAAGAUCACGGUGAUAAAAUGGUCUUCAUUGACUUUUGUUGUCUACUGCAGACAUUGACGAAUGCAUCAGCAAUUAUCACAGGUGUGAUCCAAACGCUGCUUGUCAGAAUACCGUGGGCUCCUACAUUUGCACUUGCAAAGCUGGAUUCUAUGGAAAUGGAAAAAAGUGCUUUGGUAAUUAUCACAAUCCUUUUUUUAUGUUUUCCCGACCUUUGCAUUCUGGUCGGCUGUUGAGUUAACAUAUUUACCCUUUAAGGCACUAUAUUUUCAUCCAAUAUGUGUGGAUCAGAACUUCAAGUUCUGAUCCAAACAUAUUGAAAAAACUAAACUAAGAAUUACAAUGGGCAUUCUCGGUCUUCGUUUUGACAAUUAAUUAGGCAGAUAGAAUAUCUGUUAAUAGCACAUUUAGGGUCCUGUCGGCUCCUUCUGGGAUCAGUUUUGACAUUUAAUAUGAUAUGUAUUUUUUUGUGCAACUUGUCCAUCAGUGGGUUUAAACUUAUUAUACAUUGCCGUACGUCAAAACAAAGUAGUAAAAAAUUACCAGCACAUAAUUUACUUAGUCAGGAUUCACUGACUACUCAGAUGAUCAUUUGUUUUCUCCGUCAUUAGAUACUGAUGAAUGCAGCAACAAAACCCAUACCUGCGAUGUGAAUGCGGUGUGUAGCAACACUCAAGGGUCUCACAACUGCACCUGCAAACCUGGAUACUCUGGAGAUGGAAAGAAAUGCAUUGCAAUUGGUAUGCAGCAUCCCUACAGAAUUCCUUUGAUA